GGGCUGGGGGGAAGGGGUGGGGUCCUCCUCGGGUGGAAGGGGGCCAGCCCACCAUCCUGGGACCACAGGCACGCAGGUUCCCUCUGGGGUGGCUGCACCAGUCUGCAUUCCCACCAACAGUGCACGAGAGUUCCCUUUUCUCCACAUCCUCAACAACGCUUGCUGUUUGUUGAUUUAUUGACGAUAGCCACUCUGACAGGUAACACAUGAGUGCUAGUCUGCUUUCAGGGAGGCCAGCAGCAGAGUGGUAAAUAUCCUGCCCCUGCCUGGCAAUAAGUCAAGUCCAGGAUUGGGAUGGAUACUCAUCUACUGUGAGACUCUCUCCUGGGAAUAUUAUGCAGCUCUGAGAAAUGAAGUUUCGCAACCAGUAUGACAAUGAUGUCACUGUUUGGAGCCCUCAGGGCAGGAUUCAUCAAAUUGAAUAUGCCAUGGAAGCUGUCAAACAAGGUUCAGCCACAGUUGGUCUGAAAUCAAAAACCCAUGCAGUACUGGUUGCAUUGAAGAGAGCACAGUCAGAGCUUGCAGCUCAUCAGAAAAAAAUUCUCCAUGUCGACAACCAUAUUGGUAUCUCAAUUGCAGGACUUACUGCUGAUGCUAGACUGCUAUGCAAUUUUAUGCGCCAGGAGUGUUUGGAUUCCAGAUUUGUAUUUGACAGACCUCUUCCUGUGUCUCGUCUUGUAUCUCUAAUUGGAAGCAAGACCCAGAUACCAACACAAAGAUAUGGCCGAAGACCAUAUGGUGUUGGACUGCUUAUUGCUGGUUAUGAUGAUAUGGGCCCUCAUAUUUUCCAAACCUGUCCGUCAGCUAACUAUUUUGACUGCAGAGCUAUGUCCAUUGGAGCCCGUUCUCAAUCAGCUCGUACUUACUUGGAGAGACAUAUGUCUGAGUUUAUGGAAUGCAAUUUGAAUGAACUGGUUAAGCAUGGUCUGCGUGCUUUAAGAGAGACACUUCCUGCAGAACAAGAUCUAACUACAAAGAACGUUUCCAUUGGAAUUGUUGGUAAAGACUUGGAGUUUACGAUUUAUGAUGAUGAUGAUGUGUCUCCAUUCCUGGAAGGCCUUGAAGAAAGGCCACAGAGAAAGGCACAGCCUGCUCAACCUGCUGAUGAACCUGCAGAAAAGGCUGAUGAACCAAUGGAGCAUUAAGUGAUAAUCCCCCAGUCCAUAUGUGUAUUAGCAAAUGCGUAAGAAUGCAGGAACAUGUACUGUUGACGAUAUUCUAUACUUUGAACCAAAUGGUGCAGUGGUGGAAUGGUAUGUUUUAGGAAUCAGUCCAGAUGUGAGGUUUCGAAUUGCAAGCAGCUUCACUGAAACCAUAUAAUGGGAUGCAUUUUUUUUUUUUUUUGGAAGAGGGUCUAUAUAAUCAUUUUCUAGAAAGUACAGUUGCCUUUACUAAUGUUUUUAUAUGAAGAACUCAGUGUCUUUCUGGUUUUAAAUACAACUGUGAAAUAAAAUUGUUUCAUUGGCUGGUA